AUGGGCUGCUCGCCGGAGGGGGCCGCUGCGGCGUGCCCGGACUGCCUGGGGCGCCUUGUCCUACGCGACCUCGCCGGAUCCGGCCUCUCCUUCGUCCACGGCCUCUCCGACUCACCGCUCCCCUUCGCCGCCUCCGCCGUCGUUCAGAUAGCGUCUGAUGGAGACGAGGAAAGUAAUGGGAGGCAGCAUAUCUCCAGUUUUGUUUUAGUGGGCCUAUGUGGUGGCAAAGUACCUUUUAAUAGCCAACAAUGUGACACCAGUUCCUUGGAGAAUGGCAUUCAUAAAGAUCCCCAGGCAGAGCAAACUAUAUAUACUGGUGAUAACCAAUAUACUGAGCAGUCAGAUUCCUCAUCUUGUAUAGAAUGCAUUGAAGAUCGCAAAAGUUCCUCUGGCCCCUGUAAGCAACCACUGGCCAUAAGAACGAUUACCAAAUUAACUCCUGCUUGCUAUCUUAACAUAGGCCAGACUUCAGAGGUUAGAGAGCUUAUUAAAGGUUAUCUGACCUCAUCAACUGAAGAGUAUGUGAUUAAUUCACUAAAUCUGUUAUCUGAAAACAAAAUUAGUGGAUCUGCUGGUUUAGAUUUCCUCAGUUUUGUUGGAUUUUCUGCAUUCGAUGACUUGCAUUCUUCUGGCUGUGUGAGGCAUCCCAACAUCUUACCAGUGUUAGGUGUUCUAGAAACAUCUGAUUGUUGCUACAUGUUACAACCAAAGGCCCCAUACACUUUGGAAAACAUUAUGCACUACAGUCCAGAGGCCUUCUGCUCAGAUUGGCAUAUUAGAUUUCUUGUCUACCAGAUAAUAUCUGCUUUGGCAUACCUUCAUGAUUUAGGAGUUCAUCAUGGCAAUCUAAGGCCAUUAAAGAUCUUAAUGUCAGAUUCCUUAUGGCCUUACCUGAGCAUAAGUGAUACCUGCCCUGUAAAACACAGUUGGGGUUUUGCUGAUCGUAAAUGUUCAUCUAAUUCAUGUUGUUUUAUGGAGGACUGUUCCUCAAAAGCCAUUUAUACUGGUUUCAAACUGCAAUCAUCGUUAGAUUGGCAUUCUCACUUUAAGCAAUGGUGGAAAGGUGAACUGACCAAUUAUGAAUACCUUCUUGUCUUAAACAAGUUAGCUGGUAGAAGAUGGGGCGAUCCAGCUUUUCACACUGUGAUGCCUUGGGUAAUAGAUUUCACAGUGAUGCCUGAUGAAAGUUCUGAUAAUGGUUGGAGAGACCUGACCAAAAGUAAAUGGCGGUUGGCAAAAGGUGAUGAACAGUUGGAUUUUACGUAUUCAUCAUCUGAAGUUCCACAUCAUGUCUCUGACGAGUGUCUCUCAGAGCUAGCUGUCUGCAGUUACAAAGCAAGGAGGUUACCUAAGACCAUCUUGAGGUCAGCCGUGCGUUCCGUCUAUGAGCCCAAUGAAUACCCGUCUAGUAUGCAAAGGCUUUAUCAAUGGACUCCUGAUGAAUGCAUUCCUGAAUUUUAUAGUGAUCCUCGGAUUUUCGCCUCUCUUCAUUCUGAAAUGAGUGAUUUGGCAUUACCUUCCUGGGUAACAUCUGCAGAAGAUUUCAUUUGUCUUCACAGGGAUGCAUUAGAGAGUGAUCGAGUCUCGCAACAACUGCAUCACUGGAUUGACAUAACAUUUGGCUAUAAACUUUCUGGAGAGGCAUCUGUUGAAGCAAAAAAUGUCAUGUUGCCCUCUAGUGAUCCAUCUAGGCCAAAAUCAAUUGGCCGACAUCAGCUUUUUACAAGGCCUCAUCCUAAGCGCCUUGUUAGCACCCCUCAUGCAGUCUACCACAACAAAAUGGACUCUUGUGUUAGAUGCUGUGGCAAACGAAGCGGUGCAACAACUGAUGCAGUGUUAAAUGGCUGUGGAUCUCAAAAUAUGCUUUCAGAAAUUGGCUGUUUGGAGGAAUUUGAGAAAGCAACUUUGUUUGCAGAGCUUGAAUACCAGUUGAAUCCAGUCUAUGAUUAUGCUGAUGCUGAUGCUGAUGCCGAUCUUUCAAUUUGUUUCUCUUCAGACAAGUAUCCCAAAAACCAAAAUGCAGAUAAGAUAUUGCAGCAUAACAAUGCAUUGCCAGCAGCACCUAACUUUGAUCUUGGUUCCUUUCUAGAAUGCUUUGAGUCUGAUGAUAAUUCCCAUAUGGGUUAUGAAGAACUGCUGCUAUGGAAUCAAAAGUCUAAUUCAGAAAACGAACGCCAUGCAAAUGAUGUAUUUUCUAUUGGGUGCAUUCUGGCAGAAAUCUAUAUGCAAAAACCACUUUUUGACAAUGCCUUGCUAUCUGCAUACAAAGAAAUUGGGGUAAUGCCCGGAGCACUUCAAGGCUUGCCUUCUCAUGUCGCACUUCUUGUUGAGUCAUGCAUACAGAGGGAAUGGAAAAGGAGGCCAUCAGCAAAGCACCUUUUGGAGUCAUCAUACUUUCCUCCAUCAGUUCGAUCUGCAUAUUUGUUUCUUGCUCCACUUCAAGUUUUGUGUACAUCUAGAGAGCGAAUCAAGUAUGCUGCUAAGCUUGCAAGUGAAGGGGCACUCAAAGCUAUGGGAGAAUUUGCUGCUGAAAUGUGCGCACCUUACUGCCUGUCUCUUGUUUCAUCAUCUUUGUCAGAUGUUGAUACCGAAUCAGCCUUGUCUCUGCUUAAAGAAUUCCUAAGGAGCUUGACUAUCCAAGCAACUAAAGACCUUGUUCUGCACAUCAUUCAGAAGAUCUUACAGGCACCAGAAUAUUCACAUCUGAAGGUUGCCCUCCUUCAAGAUUCUUUUAUUCGGGAUUUGUGGAAGAAAUUGGGAAAACAAACUUAUAUUGAAAAGAUACAUCCUUUGGUGAUCUCAAACUUAUGCAGUUCACCUAACAAGAUCAUCGCCUCUGCUGCAUCCACUGUUCUGAUCGUCUCAAGUGAGGAACUAGGAAUACCAAUUACCAUUCAUCAGACGAUUUUACCACUAAUUCACUGUUUUGGCAAAGGAUUAUGUGCUGAUGGAAUCGAUACUUUGGUUAGGAUUGGUGGACUUCUUGGAGAAAAUUUUGUUGUAAAGCAAAUUCUUCCGUUGCUUUGGAAUGUCAUAUUCUCUUGUAUCAAUUCGUCUAAGAUGAGUAAGCCUGAGCCACAGCAUAGUUGGAAUUCUUUUGCGCUGAUUGAUAGCUUAUCUGCCUUGGAAGGUCUUGUGUCGGUUCUUCCUGUCAAAACUGUUAUUAAGGAGCUUCUUCAGGACCAAGCCUGUCUUUAUAUAAAAGUUCUUAUGCAGAUUCCUUUGGAUCUUCGUGUGAUUCAAGUGGCUGCUACAGCACUCAUUGACCUUUGUCAACGAAUUGGACCAGAAAACACUUUUAUAUAUGUUUUGCCACAACUAAAGGAGCUUUUUGCUACACUAGCCUUUUCUCACGAUUCAUCUGGUCUUAACCAUCCUACAAAAGGAAUUAAAAGUUCUGAUGGAAACAAAAGUGAGCCAAUUAAAGUGGAAUCCAGAAUUGAUCUUUUGUUGUUGCUAUAUCCUUUCUUGGCAUCACUUGUUGGGAUAGAGAAGCUCCGAGAGUCUUGCUCAACAUGGUUUCUUUUGGAGCAAGCACUUCAAAGGUUGUACAAUUGGAAGUGGGAGCCGUCUGGUGAUUGUUCUAAGAAUGCUAAAAAUAUGAAAGGUCAAAGGUUUCAGCCUGGCAACUAUAUGUCAUCAGAGUUUGUUCCAACCAAACUGCUUUUCAAUGGGGUAGGUUGGUCCAUGCCACAAUCAGAAACCACUAAAAAAAUUGGUCGGAACACUGCAGCUUCUAACCUUGAGAAUGAGACAUCUAGUGACAACUUGUUUACUUCAAGUUCUGGUAAUCAACCAUGGUUUUGGUUCCCCACCCCUGAUAGUAGUUGGGGUGUUCCAGAAUUUCUUGGUCGUGGCGGUGGUAUGAGGGAUGAACUACCUUGGAAGAUUAAAGCUUCUAUCCUUUACUCAGCCCGUGCUCACCCUGGUGCUCUGCGUUCAUUAGCAGUCCAUGAUGAUGAGUGCACAGUUUUUACAGGAGGAGUUGGUCCUGGUUUUAAAGGAAGUAUCCAGAGGUGGGAAUUGCCAAACAUGAGCUGCACAUCAGGUUAUUAUGGGCAUGAAGAGGUUGUCAAUUCCAUCUGUAUCCUGUCAAUUACUGGCAGAGUGGCUUCUUGUGAUGGCACUAUCCAUAUAUGGAAUGGGCAGACUGGAAAGCUCAUUGCAGCUAAUGCUGAGUCAUCUACAACUUUUCCACUCCAAACCCCAUCUAUUGAGCAGGCAAACAUGCUUAAUCAGGAUGCACUCUCAGGUGGAAUAUUGUCAAAUGCAUUUCGUGGUAGUUUAUAUACGACUAUGCAUUAUAUGGAAUCUGAGGGUAUACUUGUUGCUGGUAUGGGAAAUGGUUCAAUCAGAUUUAUUGACAUAUCUCGGGAUCAGAAGCUACAUUUAUGGAAGAGCGAUACGGCUGAAAUAUCUUUCUCAUCACUUGUGUCAGCUAUUUGCUCGUGUGGCUCAAACAAGCUUAUGAAAGGAAGCCCAAUGGGUUCAUCCUGGAUAGCAGCAGGUUUAAGUUCUGGAUAUUGUCGAUUGCUUGAUAAGCGUAGUGGGAACAUCAUUGCAGUUUGGCGAGCACAUGAUGGACACAUUACAAAGCUGGCAGCGCCAGAUGAUCACUUAAUUGUAUCAAGUUCCCUUGACAAGACUCUUCGAGUGUGGGACCUCAGAAGGAAUCUGGCAACACAGUCAAACAUUUUCAGAAGUCAUUCAGACGGCAUUUCCAACUUCUCUGUGUGGGGUCAGGACGUGGUAUCAAUUUCAAGGAACAAAAUUGCACUAACUUCCCUAUCGAGACCAGCAAGUGAAAUUGGACAUCAGCAGCUUGCACUUCAGAACUUGUAUUCGGUUGACAGAGGGGUGAAACACAAAAACCUAUCUGUCCUUUCAACUAUUGCUGUGCUUCCUUUGUCAAGGUUGUUUGUGGUUGGAACUGAAGAUGGAUUCCUCAAAAUGUGCCACUAG